AUGGGGAGACCUACCCUUCUAUAUGGCAUGUACACUCAUAACCUCAUUCCUCUGCUCUUCGGUAUCAUCGGUGUGUAUGGCGUCUGCAAGCAGAAGAAGUGGGCGCUCAUUGUGUCUGCAGUGGGAAUGAUCCUCUGCAGCCUGCAUCUGAUUGCUUGUGAAAUUGGAGUACUGGCUGUGCAACCUAAGAUGUCUGAAGAUUUAAGGAUGAGAUACCUGAGUUGGCUGCCCUUGUCUGACGCUACAGAAGAUGUUCUAGAAGUUGUCCAGGAAGUAGAGAUGGAAUUUCAGUGUUGUGGACUGGAUCUGGGAUACCUUGACUGGGGCGACAACAUCACAGAGUCCUGCCUGUGCGCUGAAGGGUCCAUCAAUCCAUGUGUGUUGUGA